AUGGCUGGGGGGAAGACCAGCAAGGACUCAGGCAAGGCCAAGUCAAAAGGGGUUUCCUGCUUGCAAAGGGCCUGUCUGCAGUUCCCUGUGGGCCUCAUCCACCAACUCCUGACGUCCAGGACAACCAGCCACGGGCAUGUGGGUGCCACAGCCACUGCACAGCAUGCCAUACUGGAGAACCUCAUGGCAGAGGUCACUGAACUGGCAGGAAAUGCACCCACAGACCUGAAGGUGAAAGGCAUUACCCCUGGCCACUUGCAACUUGCCAUUCCUGGGGAUGAAGAAUUGGACUCACUCAUCAAGACUACAGUUGCGGGUGGUGGCAUCAUAUCAUGUAUUUUCAGAUCUCUGAGUGGGAAGAAAGGACAACAGAAGACUGUGUAA